AUGCCUCGUGUACCCAAAGCGCCCGUAAAAGCGGCAUGUCUUGCAUGUCGCUCCUCAAAAACUCGAUGCGAUGGACAAUAUCCUUGCAAAGUAUGUUAUAGCAAAGGCCGAGAAUGCAGCUAUCAACCCAGUCGCCGAGGUGGAGCUCGUAGAGGUAUUCGGUAUACCGAGACGUUGCAGCGUCAUGCUCAGGUUGAUAGCGCACCCUCGGAACCCCCGCUACAGCCUCGGAUUCCGCCAAUAGAUGCCGUUGAAACUAUUGAUCCAUUACUUGAAAACACGAUGGGGCUUCUCACACCUUUUGUGGGUAUUCAAAAUCUAGACCUGUCCCCAGAUGUACUAUCAGACACUGGUGAAGCUCUUCAAUUGUGGGGUCAGCUUACUCCCGGUGAUGAUGGCUCAUAUACCUCACCGUCUAUCAAUGACGUGGAUCUACCUGCUAUUCGAGCUUAUCAGUGUGAACAAGACAUCCUCAAUGCUUACUACAUCUACAUGCACCCCUACUUCCCACUGCUCCCACCAUCACCGAAUCUGCAAUAUGAGGAUCGAUCUACUUUUUUCCGACCAUCAAAACAGUUCGAACAGCCAAAGAAGACUGAUCUGCCUUAUUGGCCUGUAUCUUCAUUGAGUCUCGCCUUGUCAGCUAUUCUCGUUCUAAUCCCACCUAUUCCUGAUUCAUCUUCGAUGAAUGAGCCUGCCGUCCUUUUGAGGCGGUCUUAUGCUCAGCUCUUUGCACAGGCAGCUUUAGUCAGUGUCGAGAGAGAAAUUGAUGAGUUAAGUCCAGCAUCCAGCAUCAAUAUCAUCGGUGCCAGCCCCUCUCAAGAGCAGAGUGCACUCCACUCCAAGGUUCCAAUCCAAUUGGACCCAAUUUUGGCACUUGUCGUUCUUGCAAUGUAUGAGUAUUGCCAACGAGGCAAUGUGUCGCGAAUGCGAGCUCGGAUCAACCACGCGGUCACUACAGCAAUGGACCUCUGUCUUCAUGACCUUGGCUCAACUUUGACGGAAUAUUCAGAGGCUCAAAGACGCGCAUGGUGGAUGAUAAUGUUUGUGGCAUACAUAUCCUCAAACUUACAUCUUGCGCCCCCCAUUAUCGCCUCCGAUGAUCCGCGAAUCACCACUCCUCUUCCCCGAUUUGGCGUUAAUACGGAGCCAUGGGGUCUUACGAUAAAAGUGCAAAAACUCCUCUAUGCCGCCCAUUCCAUGGUUCAAAAGAUUGAAAGUGUCGCCGACUCACCAAUUCUUUCCAAUCUCGGCGAGGAAAUAAAGAAUCUCGAUGCUCAAAUUGUGGUUUUGACCGUUGAAUCAGAUCAAAGUCUACGCGAGACCUUUGAUUUCGAGGGUGAAUCCUACAUUGCUGAGAAUAUGUGGCGAAUCAGCCGUAUUAUGAUUAACACGUAA